AUGUCCUACGACCGCUACGUUGCCAUCUGCAAACCCCUGCACUACGGGACCCUCCUGGGCAGCAGAGCUUGUGUCCACAUGGCAGCAGCUGCCUGGGCCACUGGGUUUCUCUAUUCUCUGCUGCACACGGCCAAUACAUUUUCACUGCCCCUGUGCAAGGGCAAUGCCCUGGACCAGUUCUUCUGUGAAAUCCCCCAGAUCCUCAAGCUCUCCUGCUCACACUCCUACCUCAGGGAACUUGGGCUUAUUGUGUUUAAUCUCUUAGUAGUAUUUGGGUGUUUUGUGUUCAUUGUGGUGUCCUAUGUGCAGAUCUUGAGGGCCGUGCUGAGGAUCCCCUCUGAGCAGGGACGGCACAAAGCCUUUUCCACCUGCCUCCCUCACCUGGCCGUGGUCUCCCUGUUCCUCAGCACUGCCAUAUUUGCCCACCUGAAGCCCUCCUCCACCUCUUCUCCAUCUACGGAUGUGGUGGUGUCUGUUCUGUACUCUUUGGUGCCUGCAGCAGUGAACCCCCUCAUCUACAGCAUGAGGAACCAGGAGCUCAAGGAUGCCCUGUGGAAACUCAUAUCUUACAAUUUCCUGAAGUAUUAA